AUGUCUAUUAAGAAAGUCGCAGUUGCAGGAGGUACUGGUAACCUCGGACCUGCCGUAGUCAAUGCCCUCGUCGAAGCAAACCUGGAGGUGACUGUGCUCAGCCGAACCUCGUCGCACAAUUUCGACCCCCGAGUCAAAGUCCAGGUCGUCGACUACAGCUCCGAGGAAUCUCUGAAAGCCGUUCUGUCCGGUCAAGAUGCCGUUAUCAACACUCUCAAUGUCGGUUUCGUCCCUCGCGACGUUCAUCUGCGUCUCGUCGACGCAGCUCAUGCAGCCGGCGUCCAGAGAUUCGUACCCUCUGAAUUCGGCACAGACACUUCAAACCCUCUAACCUCUAAGCUCCCCGUCUUCGGCGACAAGAUCGCAGUGAUCGAGCGCCUCAGAGAGAUUUCAGAAAAAGACAAAGCCUUCACCUGGACAGCUCUCAUUACUGGUCCUUUCUUCGACUGGGGUCUCGAGAAAGGUUUCAGCGUUAAUCUAAAGGGUCCUUCUACCCUCAUCUUCGAUGGGGGUGAUGUCCUCGUUAGCACAACCACCCUCGGUGGAAUCGGACGUGCCGUCGCCGGGUUACUUGCACACCCUGAAGAAACUAAGAACCGACAUGUCUAUGUUUCUGAAGCAGAUGUUACUCAGAACCAGCUGCUAGAAUGGUCUGGAAAUGCGGAUAAGAUCGAGCGUCAACCUGUUAAGACUGAAGAUCUGGAGACCCAGGCUUAUGAGGCUGUUAAGCAGUCGCCUCCUGACUUUGGCACUUUCGCCAGCAACCUUAUUCGACGGGCUGUCUAUGGCGGUGAGAAAUAUAACUCUUUCUUUGCCAAGCCAGAUAAUGAGGUGUUGGGAGUUCCUAAGUGGACUGAAGCUCAGAUCAAGGAGCUUGUCAAGAAGAAUGCCUAG